CCCUCUCUCUCUCUCUGAAUAGUGGCUUUGCGUUUAUAAAAUGGCCUUACAAGAACCAACAAGAGAAAAUUUCUCAAUAAACCCAUAAUCUCUUUCUCAACCCCCAAAGAAAGAAGAAAUUAACAAUGAGCCGAAGGAACAAGAACGGCCCUAAGCUCGAGCUAAAGCUGAACCUCUCGCCACCUCCUUCUCAAGCCAACCUGAUGAGUCUAGUUCGUUCUCCAAGCCGAUCCAACACAACUUCACCAAGCUCAUGCGUUUCAUCUGAAACGUACCAGGAGGAGAUGGAGACAACAAUCUCAAUGGUACUUGUUGGUUGCCCUCGUUGCCUUAUGUACGUUAUGCUCUCUCAAGAUGACCCAAAAUGUCCAAAAUGCAAAAGCACGGUCCUACUAGAUUUCCUCCACCAAGAUGUCUCCGCCGCUACAACCGCUCCUGCCGAUAUCACGAAACGCAAUAAGACCUGGUGGAACUUUUUUGUUUAACGAAACCCUUUUCGGAACGUAAACCUAUAGACUAGCUGAUCCAACCGUACUAGUUUCUAUAUUUUUCUUUUGCUUCUUCUCGUGGUUGUUUUGUCUUAGAGUAGUGCUAAUCACGCUCCACAUUUAGACUAAACAUGAAGUGGAACGGGAGUAGCACUAACUUUGCUUUUAAUGCAAUAUGAAAUUAUUAGAGCA